GCUAACUUCAAAAUGAAGGUCUUCGUUCUCUCCGUACUUUUGGGCCUCGCCGCCACGGACAAGCUCCCUUCCAACACCUAUGGCGUCCCGAAUGGAGGUUUUGGAGCUUCCAACGGAGCCUCGGGUAAUGGAUUUGGAGCCUCGGGUAACGGGUUUGGAUCUUCAGCUAACGGAUUUGGAGCCUCAAGCAAUGGAUUCGGAGCUCCAAGCAGCAGAUAUGGAGCACCAACUAACGGCUAUGGACAGGACGAAGAAAUAGUGGCUCUGUCUGAGAGCAUUCCCGGGGGCGGCAUCCCCGGCGAGGACUACCCCAUCUUGGCUUCCGUGCCCGACACCGGCUUCUCGUGCGAUGCCCAGGCGGUGCAAGGUUAUUACGCCGACACUGCAGCUGAAGCCGGCUGUCAGGUGUUCCAUAUCUGCCAGGACCGCGCCCUCAGGCGCCAACAGGACUCGUUCCUGUGCCCCAACGGUACCAUCUUCAACCAGCAGUACCUGGUAUGUGACUGGUGGUUCAACGUGGACUGUUCUCAAGCUGAGAGCUUCUACUCCGUCAACGAACUCAUCGGAGUCGUUCCCGACGCCGGAUACGCCUAUGGCCCUUCUGCUAAUGGCAAUGGCAACGGCAAUGGAAGCAACGGCAGCGGUGUUAAUGGAAGACGGAAUGGCAAUGGAAACGGUCGCACCAACGGUAGGAACGGAAACGGAUACGUCUCUAACGGCAACGGAAUCAAUGGAAACGGAUCUGCUGGAAACGGAAACAAUGGUUAUGCUGCUAAUGGUAAUGGCAUCAACGGCAAUGGCAAUAAUGGCUAUAGCCCCAAUGGCAAUGGUCUUAACGGCAACGGCAACGGGGCGGGUGUCCCAUCCGAGGCUUACGGCGCCCCCUCCGCCCCCGCCGGCUCCUACGGCGUCCCCUUCUGAUCCGCCACACGUCGAGGAAUCCACUUUGACUUUUGUAUAUAAAGAGUUCUAAAAAAUUAUAUAAUUAUACAUUCCAUAUGUCUUUAGCAAGUAUUA